AUGGUUGUCAAUGCUUCUGGUUUCUCCAACUUGAACAUAGAGACACUGACAGGAGGUAAUUUCAAGAAAUGGGAAGACGACCUCAAGAUUGUGCUAGGACUGAUGGACUAUGACAUAGUCUUACGAGAGGAGGAACCUGCUCCAAUAACUGAAGCAAGCACCGAUGAGCAAAAGAAGAAGUUCGAAAAAUGGGAAAAGGCCAAUAGAAUGGCCCUACUCAUAAUGAAGAAAUCAGUGGCAGAAUCUGUGCGAUGGGCUAUUCCUAGCGGAGACAAAGCCAAGGCCUUUCUUGAAGCAGUGAGAGAGAAAUUCAAGGAGUCUGAGAAAGCUAAAGCUACUAACCUGAUGCACGCUUUCAGCAACUUGAAAUAUGAUGAACGCAAAGGUGUGAGGGUACACAUUCUGAAACUCAUUGAAAUAGCAAGCAAACUGAAUGGUUUGGCUAUUCCAGUGCCAGAGCCUCUCCUUGUCUAUCAGGCACUCCACUCACUACCACCUAAGUUUGCACAACUGCAAGUGGCAUACAACACACAGAAGGGAGCAUGGGAUUUGAAUGAGCUGAUCUCCAUUUGCUCUCAAGAAGAAGAAAGGCUUAAGCAAGAAAAGGUGGAGAAUGUCAAUCUGGUGCAUUCUGGUCAUGGUAAGAAGAAUGGAGCCUCGAGUUCAAGUAAGUUUCCUAAUGCUGCCAAACCUUCUGGUACUGUUGCUAAGAGUACUCAUCUAUCACAUAAGGGAUCUCACAACUUUAAGUCUGCCAAAAACAAGAAUUUCAAAUGUUUCUUUUGCAAAAAGCCAAACCACAUGAAGAAGGACUGUGAAAAGUACAAAAAGUGGCUGGCAAAGAAAGGGAUUCAUAAGGAAGAGGUCUCCAACUAA